UCCCUGCAGGACUAGAUCAGCAAUCCCAGCUCAGAGUCAAGGAUUCACUGCAAAGAUGAGGACCUGCUUGAACGCCCUGCUGCUGGCCGGACUGGCCUGCCUGCUCACUGCAGCUCUGGCCAAGAAGUCAUUCAACUUCAUGGAUGCCCUCUCUGUUUCUACAGUCCAUUACAACAGGGGAAGUGAGGAGAAAAAUGCAUUCAAACCACCUGAAAAGAAUCCUCUGCGAGGAAUGGACAUCAUGAUCCCUGGCAAUGGCUCCCCUACUGUAAUGAAGAUAAAGUUCACAUUGAAGGAGACAGUUUGCCCAAAAACAGAGGACUACAAGAAGGCUGAGUGUGUUUAUAAGGAGAAUGGACUGAUGAAAAAGUGUUCGUCAACCGUUACUUUUGUGAACAACCGCCUAUCUGAAGCAAACAGUGAAGUGACCUGUGAACAUGUUGGUCCAGAGGAGCGGAAGGAACUGGAAAAGCCAAAAAACCCAUGGUGGCCUUUCAGACGCUAAUGAAACGCACCUGCAUUCCCAAGUCAACUUCACUACUAUAAUAGUCUGUAACAGGCUUUUUUAUGUGAUGCACCACUGUUAUGGAUUCUGAAAUGAGGUUAGAAGCUCUAAAACCACACCUGCAGACAAGCUAGACUCUUCUUUAUUUAAUCUAGGCUAGAUCCACAAAAGUGUUUUUAUAUGAGAAGAGCUAGUGCUAGCUAAUGUUCCAAUACUUAGGAUCGAUUUCCUUUAGUUCUUCUGGAUUUCUACUGCUGUGCAUUACAAGUUGUGCUGGCGCAUAUUAAUAUAUUGUAUAGAGAUUUGGUCCACAGUCAAAGCAUCUUAACACA